CGACCGCUCCCUGUCAAGCGCCAGACACCCGAGUCCCUUGCUCCGAACGGGCGGCAAAGCGAGUCGCCUGCAACCCCAAGGCAACGAUGCGACUCAACUCGCCGAACGGGCGACUGCUGCUAUGGGUCGCGUGUGUAUGCGGCGCCGUGGUAUCAGCAACGACGAGCACCAACACAUCGACAUCUGCACCAACCACGGAAGCCACAACCAAUACCUUUGUUACAAGCUCACAGAUCACCACACCCACAGCACGUUCACCUGGCAGCUCCACCAACAACCCCACAUCAAGCAUCACCACCACCACCACUUUGACCACCACAGUGGUUAAGCCCACAUCCGCUAGCUCUCCCCCUACCACCACCACCACUACGGGCACAACCAAAACCACCACUGGCCCAUCUAAGACCACCACUGGCCCAUCUAAGACCACCACUGGCACAACCUCUACGAGCAGCACCGUGACCUCGACGACGCAGAACUCCAGCCAGGAGGACCACAUGCACGUGCCACUCAACGGAGGCCAGGUGGCCUCCAUCGUGACCGUGUGUCUCCUGGUGGUGGCGCUCCUCGUCACCCUGGGGCUCAUGUACCACGAGCACUGCCGACGAAGGGUAUACGCCCAGCCAAACCAGGCGUUUGACGGCUCCGUCCUCGACAUCGGAAGCUAUGAAAAUCCGCUGUACGAGAACGACUUAAGAUGAAGCCUCCUCCGACACCCCGCGCUCGUCCACUCAUCAGGGGGUCCAACUCAUCACGCGUCACGGUUUGGGGUCAUCAGCCCCUGUAGCAGAAGCUAUGGUCCCAGGCUGUAACGCAUUUCCCGGCUGUACAAGUUGUUGCUAUGUUGCCCGAAUAAGCGACAUCUAUUUGGAGAUAACCAAAAAGAUAUCUUAUUGGACCGGUGUGCGAUGUGUCUUCGGGUUGUGCCGCGUUUUUUUUUGACGAUGUCCGACGUUUUGCUCCGAGUGCUGGGAAGCUUCUUCACGGCCAGUUCUUCUUCAACCAUCCGCUUCUUCUCUCGGGCACGUGCAGCGAAACGUCGGACGUCGAGCAACAUCAACGGGCUGCAGUUGCACUUGCACUGAUCAAAUCAAACGAGGCGCUCGCUACCCCUCCUCAUCAACCGACACAGGAAUCCCAUUGAGCUGGCUGUGUGUGGUGUGGGGGGGAAGCACGUGGCAGUGAAUCAGCACCCACGAGAGGCUUGGGUUUGAAUCGGCGAAGAGGACAAAUCGUGUUCUCUCAGUUGGGAGAGCGAGUGUCGUGGUCUCGGCCCGCGGGGGGUUGCCAAUGACUGCACGUAAGACGGCGAUUCGUGUUCUUGAAUCGCUGCGUUGUCGCUGAGAAGCGGAAUUGGUUUGAUUGCCUCGCAGUGAGCACAUCGGUGACAGGGCAUGCGUGAGGUAUAGCGCCGCCUGGGUGUGUGGAUGAGAAGCGAAAUGGAGCUCAGAAUUAGUUCUGUGAUGUCGUCGUCCGCAGGUCAUUCGCAAUAGAAGAUUCGUGACAUUGCCACGAGUACAACGCAGUCGGUGGGCAGGUCACGUUUGAUGGGGUACUUCGACCUCUGCCAAGAUGUGUGGCCUCGUGUGGAAGAGUAGGCCAAAUUCCUUCUCGAGCCGAGGCCUUUCAGCCAGCAGUGGGGUGAACAAGCAAUUGCAGGGCUGCGCAUUUAACCGUUGUUUGUUAAAUGUCAACAUCAUCAUCACCACCAUCAACAACCACCACCACCAUCAACUACCACCACCAUCCACUAACCACCACCAACCACCACCAUCAACCACCACCAACCACCACCAUCAACCACCACCACCAACCACCACCAUCAACCACCACCAACCACGACCAUCAACCACCAACCACCACCAUCAACCACCACCAACCACCUUCAACCACAACCAUCAACCACAACCACCACCAACCACCACCGAAUGGGACAGAUUUCCAAUGCGGUGGCGUGGUGUGAUUGUAUCCGUGUCGUCCACAUGUGAACUUUGGGUCCCGGUGUGGCCCCGGGGACAAUUCAAUAGAGAGUGUUAGUGUGUGCUUCUGGGGGGGGGGGGGGUGGAGAAAAAUCCACAAACUUACGGAACAAAAAAAACCGUGCGCUGGUAACGGAUGGGUGAGCGUGGUUUCAGGAGAUCAAAAGGUUCAACCUCAACAGCGUCUCGCGUCAAUGGGACACAACUUGAAACGACUGACCCAACCCCCCUUUGUGUGGCACGGCACGGUGGUGGGUCCAUGUAACGCGGGUGAAUUGUACGAGUCGCUGUUGUUGUAAAUGAGUUCAGGACGGCUUCGUUUGGCCGUCGUUUAGGUGUGCAAUGUUUGGAAGCAUGUGACAAGGUCGUCAUCAUCGUCGUCAUCGAUAAGCCAUCGAUUGUCCAUCGAUUACAGUGAUUCAUCAUUACCGAUUAUCUGUCGUAACCAAUGCAUCGGUUCAAAUCGAUUUAUCGCGCUCACGGUACAAGCAGCGCAUUGUUGUGUGGGCGAGGGGGGUCGAUUAUUUAACAUUUACGCGACUUGUAAUGACCCCGAGCAAAGACUGACCGAUAUCUCAGAACAGCAGCAGCUACCUAUACAAAAUAACGAUUCCGGGAAAUCCGGGACAGGUGGCAACCCUGCACCAAAGUAUAUUUGUGACUUAAAUAAAACACAUUAUCUAAGGAUGUUUAACCACGGAAUAACAAUGUUGACUUUUUUUUUUGGAUAGUUGUUUUUAUUACAACGCAAGUGACAUUCAGGCGUGGUGAAACACGACUUGCGUGAUCGCCACACAAACAGAUACACGGCGUUCUGAAAUGUACGGAUGUCCUCGCAUUGCUUAGUGCCUCUGAUGAUGAUGAUGUUCCAAUUAACUUGUGAUCGAAUCCUUCCGGUGAACCCAGCCAUCGUGGGCCAGGAGCCCAAGGAGUAAGCACGGGAUUGGCCAUCACGGCGUAUAAAUUGAGGCUUGCGAAACUGUUAAGUGAUCGUGGAGACGAUUGGGACGAUGGGAUUCGAGGACUUGCUGAUGAGCAAGAUCCCGAAUCAUUCCUACAAACUGCAUUUUGGAAGUGUUCCAUCGCAUCUUCCUACAAAGUUCCCGAGAGCAAUUCGAGUCACAUAUUCUGCGCAAAAUAUGUGUUCUUUAGACUUGAACAGCAACUUUGAGUGAAAUACAUUGAUUGUGUGAAGGCGAUUGUGUCCAGGCUGCUCGCGGCAAAGUGACACGAUGCAAUUGAACUGUCGAGAAUUGAACGCGAGGUGGAUUUUAAACUAAUAAUAAUCAUAUUAAUAUUUUGUUGAUCCUGAAUGUAAUGAUUGUGGUCAUGUAAAUAAAAUGUCUUCGGACCAAA